AGGGAGGAGCCACCACAGCGCAGUCGUAACCUCUGUUGGCGCAUAAAAGCCACUGUCGCUCCCAAACAAGCUCACACUAUUCUCCCAGAGCUCACGAAGCAACGACCAACGUGUCUCUCGUGUGCGCGCAACGAGCGAAAAAGCGUGGAACGGUCACUGUAGGCCUACUCGUUUUCGCCCAACUUGUCGUUUUCCACCGACGUACUCCUCGAACAGAGGCUAUAUUGCCAUGGAGAGAAGACGAUCUCUCAAGUCCAAGGACCUGCUGAUACCCGUGGGCUAUGGCUACCUGCACGCCAAGGAUUCUGGCCCGUCAGAUGGCUUGCCCGUGCUCGCCAUCCACGACUGGCUCGAUAACUGCGCCUCGUUCGACAACCUGGUUCCCCUGCUGGACCCGUCGUUUCGAGUGGUCGCCCUGGACUUGGUGGGCCACGGAGCGUCGUCCAACCUGCCGCGUGGUUACCAGUACAGCCACCAGCAAUUCGUCGAGGAUAUCGACGACGUGCUGAACUAUCUGGGCUGGAGUUGCUGCGCCAUCCUGGCUCACGGAGUCGGAGCCACGAUGGCACUCUACUACGCCGGUCUUCGACCGGACGUCUGCACGCGUGUUGUGUCGUUGAGCAUGUCGGACACCGUGAACACGCAUCCAGGCCACAUGCUGCCGACACUAGUGCAACACAUCGAGGCGUCCGGAAACCUCGAAUACCACAAGGCCGACAAGGAGACCAUGGAAACCGUGGUUCGGGACCUCGUCGACGUCACGGGAGGUUCGCUGGACGAAGACUCUGCGCGUGUUCUUCUAGGCGCCGAGGACGAGGCUGGUCAGACCCUGCAACUGGCAGUACUCUCCCGGUGCCUAAAGGUGUACACGCUUUCCGAGAUCAAGAAGGAUGCCCUCACAAUUCAGAACACCAUGACUCUUUACCGUGGCCCCUUGCUCAUGGUGUCUGCCAAGGACUGGUGUGACGACGACGAAGAAGGCAUGCUCCGCAUUUGCGAGGACUUUUUCCGGACUUCAUGCGACCCUUUCGUCAAGCUGGAGGUCGACGGCACGCAUCACGUUCACCUCAACAACCCCGGCCUCGUAUCGAGCCAAGUGAAUGACUUUCUCCGAAAGUCGUGCGACCUGUCCUGCCACUCCCUGGUCUACGAAGGCUCGCUUGAAAGGAACUGUGUGGAUGCCGCUCCGCUGCUCAUGGACUUCGUGUUAUAACCCGAGAGUGACGACACUUUAGUGCCUCUGUUGGUUGACUGUAUGUAUAUAGACUUUGUAAGCACGAAUGUCAUUCAUUGCGUGAGCAGUUUGCAUGUAUUUGUGUAGCACGUGUCGCAGCAAUCGUCUGUACAGUAUCUAUUUCGGGCAUCUUGGAGUAAGACAUGUCAUUCGCGUUCUACUCCUUGUUUCUCAUACGUGUAUUUAUCCUCUCGAGGCCCGGGCGUGCCAACGCCCCAGUGGCCGAAGACGAAGAGUUCUCUACUUUUCGUGAACGCCAAAUAAACCAAAGCUUCCUGUUUUCUCACCUUACAAA